CAUCUCCUCACAAGGCAAGAAUGAAGACCUUGAUCCACGGGUGAUUCUACUGAGGAGCCUGUCCAUGUGGUCUGAAGAUUCAAACCAGCCGGCACAAGAGGCCACCGAGACGCACGACAACUUUUCCAGCUUGAGAAGAAUCCCGGAGCGAGCAGGGAACGGCAAGACUCCGGCUGAAUUCCACAGCAGACACGACAGAGGCUUCAAACUGGAGGAGCAGCAGCCAGACGUCCAGCAGAGUUUCAGCAUGAGCCUGGGCGGCACCCUGGAGCGGGGGGCUCACCACCAGGCCCUGGACCUGUCUGAGGAGCUGCCCCUCCAUCACAGCCAGAACCUCCAUCACCAGAACCACCUCCCACACCACUCCCAUUCGCUGGCCUCCCCUGCAGUGGUUGCCGGCAGAGAGACCCCCUCCCGAGUGGUGGUGCCACCUCCUUACUGCGCGGCGGACGGCGGCGGCGGCAGCGAGGCUGCCCCGGAGCUACGCGGGUCACUGGACUGCUGGGCCUGCUCUGUGCUGGUGACGGCUCAGAACCUGAUAAUCGCUGCCAUCAACGCCUGCCUGGCGGCGCUGGUCUUCGGGACCAUCCUGACCCCCGCCACUGCCAUGGUGGUCUUUGGCUUCCUGUGUCACUCCACGGUGCGACCUCAUGGGACAAGCCCUUACUGCUCCGACCUGCUCAACGACGGAGGCUGCGUGGCUCUGCUGGUGGUGGGCUUCCUCCUGGUGACGCCUCUCCUGGUCCUGGCGCUGGCGGCCUACUGCCGCCUGGCCAGGCAUCUGCAGCUGGCUCUCUGCUUCAUCCCCUACAGCCGAGCCGUCUACAAGAACCUGCCGGCCAGCCAUCACCGGGGCCUCGGAGGAGGCUGCUGCUGCGGUCGAGACGAGGAUGAGGGGAAGGGGAAAGUCUGGGUGUGAAGAGAAGACGGGAAGUCAUGAGGAGGGCGCUACUUCCAUCAGCACAGCCAAUGUGUCUCUCCACAGCCACUUAACACAGAGCUCCUUUUUUCCUUUUUCUUUUUGAAAGGUCUGAGAAUCAGAUGCUGUCAGAAACACUCAGUGUCUCUGUGACUACAGUCGGAGCUUCCCAGCUCCUGCUCUUGUGGAGGAUGAAACAACUAUACUUUCAUAAAACCUGAUGUGCUACUAUUACACUUGAGUUACUGUACAAUUACCUGCGAUGUUCUCUUUGUAAUCAACCUUGUGUAAGGCUCUAUUCCAUU